UUGUACUCAAUUCAAUGUCAAUGUCAAGCAUGUAAUAUUUUGCUAAAAAUUGAAGCCGGUCCAAAAAGAAUUUCAGAAUUAAGUGAUUGGUGCAACUCUGUUAAUAAAUAGCAUGUGUCAUUGUAUUUAAUUACUUAAUUUUAUGACAUUUAAAUACUGCAAUGUCAUGGCAGUUUGUUAUUUAAAAUAGAGUUAAAUCUACAGUAACCACGUUUUUUUAAUCCUCGAAUGGACGGCGUGCUACAGCGGCAUUUGUCACGUCUUUAUGGUAGGGCUUUGUAUGAACGACUAUGUGAAAGGAAGAAACAAGUACGUCAGGAAAGAAUAUCAGUUGAUGGUGAAAUUAUCAGUUAUGCUCCUGAUGACUUCAACCAUGUUGGUAUGUAUGUUGCUGCCGAUGCUUUAAAGCCAGAUCGAAAUUAUUUUGAAAUAGAAAUAAUUGACAGUGGUGUGAGUGGCAGCAUCGCUAUUGGGUUAGUCUCUGCUAAACAUCCACUGGACCAAUAUCCAGGAUGGGUAUGCAAUUCAAUAGGCUAUCAUGCUGAAGAUGGAAGGUUGUACAGAGAUGCUGAUAAAGGAAUGGAAUUUGGCCCGAAAUGUGAUUCAGGUGAUCGCAUGGGGUGUGGUAUAAUUUAUGAUACACCUUCUCAAAAUAACAAAAGAUAUGCUUUUGUAUUCUUUACAAAAAAUGGAAAAGCUGUUGGUGCUUCUGUGUAUGGAAUGCCAACAAGUGUAGUGUACCCAGCCGUAGGUCUUCAUUCAGCUGGGGGAGAAGUUCGUUUAACCCUAGGAAUUAAAUGGCUCUCUGAUGACGACAUGCUUAUGUGUGUUGAUAGCAAUGAAGAAGAGUGGUCUAGACUACAUGAUAUAAAGUUGAAUGGAACUGUUUUGGAAUAUGCUGGUAGAGGGAAAAGUAUCAUCGAUGUUGGGUUAGCUCAAGCCAAAUACCCUUUAGACACAACUCACCAUUACUUUGAAAUAGAAAUAAUGGAUCCUGGAGAAAAUUGUUACAUUGCUAUUGGAUUAGCUAGAAAAGACUAUCCCAAAUAUAGGCAUCCUGGGUGGAAUAAGGGAUCUAUAGCAUAUCAUGCAGAUGAUGGUAAAAUUUUUGUUGGCAGUGGUGUUGGUGAUCCUUUUGGUCCUCGUUGUCAUAAAGGUGAUGUAAUGGGUUGUGGAAUCAUAUUUCCAAGAGACUUUGUGUGUUUCUAUGACUGUGAUGCUUCUAGUGAAAAUAGUUCUCCUUUGAAUGCAGACUAUGACGAUCUGUCAAAUUCAUUAAGUGAGUCUGAAGAUGAAGAGUGGUGGAAAGAAAAGGAAAAUGUUGAAACAGGUGUUACUGUACAGGUAUUUUUCACUCGCAAUGGUAAAACAGUAGGGAAAAAAGAAGUCUGUAUACCAAAAGGUGGUUUUUAUCCUACCAUUGGUAUGUUAAGCAGUGAUGAAAAAGUAAAAGUUGAUUUGCGUCCUCUGACUGGUUAAAGUUAUAUUGUUUUACAUCAUGGAUUUGGACAUUUUCUAUGUCAUCUUUUUGUUGGUGCUUUUUUCUACUGGGGGUUCCCAAAAAUAUUUAUGAAAUGGGUUAAAUGUUGCUGUAUAUUACGUUAUUUUUGAUAUUUUUAAAAGUUAACAUGUGUGCGAAAUACUACCAAUGUUUGCUGUGUUAAACUAGUUAAUAAGGAAUCAUUUAAUCCAUAAAAGGAAAUUUUGAAAUCUAGUUGAUCCUUUGGCGUGCUGUGAUUUUGUCAUUUUCUCCAUUACUCCCAUUUUCUUCACCAAAAGAUUUUUAUGUUUCAUAUUUCAUCAAAGAAAUGUCACAAAAUAUUUUUAACUUUAAAAACAUACCAAGUUUUCAUUUUGUAAGCCAGUUCUUCGGAGCAUUAAAAUCUCGAUAAGUCAAAAUCAAAAUGUAUGAAAUUUUUUUGUAAGAUAUAGCCACCCCUUGCUAGCUUUUCAGGAGUUGGGCAAAAGUAAGUGUAUAGGGUACUUCUAAGAAAAUAAAAAUAUUGUGGCAUUAUAGUUAUAUUAAAAGGCAUUUGUAUAAAUAUUGUACACACUUCUGUUCAUGUAAACAAAUAUUUAAAAAGCUAAAGAAAGAGAAAAUAAGUUUAAAGGAAAAAGAAAUUUGUUUGGAAAAAAGAAACUUUUACAAAGUGUACUUUUUAUUUAUGCUAUCUCUUUAUUCACACCUAGAUGCCAAAUUCUGUAAUGCUCAUUUUCAUUUGCUUGCUAUCUAUGAAAUAUCAAGUUAACUAUCUCAUUUAAAUUUGUCUUACAUUUACUGCAGUGUAUUGAAUAAAGCUAAUUUCCCAUAUAAAUUGGGUAUCACUUUUGAAGUUAGUUUUCAUCUAAUUUCAACUGUAAAACAUUGUGUAAAAAACUGAAGACAUUAAAGAAUUUCUAGUUUUAUGAAAUCUUACAUUCAGCUAUUUUAUAUACAUCAACAAAUCGCUAUUUAGUUUUCUAUUCAAACUAAUACUGGUAAAAUAAUUUCUAUAAAAAUAAAUCCCUAAUUUAUAUGUACGAUUCUUUUUAUCAUAAGCCUUGAUUUUUUGUGAGACAUAUCAACAGAACCCCAGAUAAGUGUAAGUGUUGAACUGCUGCCUCUUUUUGUCAAAAGCUAA